AUGGUGCCGCACCAAGUCUCUCCCUUGGUUGAUGUUUUCCUUCUUUUCGUGGUAUGCGGAUGUGCUUGUGUUCUGGAGCUACAACACACCCUGGCUGAUUUGUCCCAGCGUGUCGAGGCAGUGAAGGAGGAGAAUGUCAACCUGCGUUCGGAAAAUCAGAUUCUGGGUCAGUACAUAGAAAAGUUGAUGGCCACUUCGUCCAUCUUUCAGUCCUCCUCACCCCCGCCUCAGGGGUGUCGCGACGGCAACCGGAGCGGUCACUCUUCGCUGUCGUCCUCCGCCAUGGCUCCCUACCCGCCAGGGGGAGUCACUACCUCAUUCCACUACGAGGAGGGCUCGGAAUUGGUCAGUGAGGACGACAUCGCGUAG